AUGUCAAGUCAAUUGGCAGCAGUGAAACCUCCGUUGUCAACAAUCUUACCUUCAGAUUCGUUUCAACUAUUACCAGAAUCAGAAAAGGCAGGAGCCGAGGAUGCACUCUUCAAUGAGCAAAUCAAGCAGGUCAAAGAGUGGUGGGCAUCACCUCGUUAUGACGGUAUUAAGCGCCCGUAUACCGCCGAGGAUGUGGUGAGCAAGCGAGGAGCUUUGCAGCAGACCUAUCCAAGCUCGCUCAUGGCACGUAAACUGUUCAACAUUUUAAAAGAACGUCAAGCUCAAGGCAAGCCAGUACAUACCAUGGGUGCGAUCGAUCCGGUACAGAUGACACAACAAGCACCAAACCAAGAAGUUCUUUACAUUUCUGGUUGGGCUUGCUCAGCAGUUCUAACUGCGACCAAUGAAGUUGCUCCUGACUUUGGUGAUUAUCCUUACAAUACAGUUCCUAAUCAGGUGCAAAGGCUUUUUAAGGCUCAACAACAUCACGACCGCAAGCACUUCGAUGCACGCCGGAAGUUGACGCCUGAAGAACGUGCCAAGACACCAUAUGUUGAUUACAUGAGACCAAUUAUUGCCGACGGAGACACAGGUCAUGGUGGUUUGUCUGCCGUCAUCAAAUUAGCAAAAUUAUUCGCCGAGAAUGGUGCUGCCGCCGUUCAUUUUGAAGACCAACUGCAUGGAGGCAAGAAAUGUGGUCACUUGGCUGGCAAAGUUCUUGUGCCUAUAGGUGAACAUAUUAAUCGACUUGUGGCAGCUAGGUUUCAGUGGGAUAUGAUGGGCUGCGAAAAUCUUGUCCUCGCCCGAACUGAUUCGGAAAGCGGUAAACUUCUUAGCAGUGCCAUCGACGUCCGUGACCACGAGUUCAUCCUAGGAGUUACAGAGAACACAGAGCCUCUGGCAGAACAACUGCAAGGCAUGGAACUUAGUGGUGCACCAGGUCCAGAAAUUGACAAGUUUGAGGCCGCCUGGGUCAAGGAGCACAAACUCGUCACUUUUGACGAAGCGGUAUUGGGUCAACUCAAGGCUGAUGAUGUUGAUCCUUCGGAAUACCUCAAGAAGGUGAAGGCUGAUCCCAAUCUGUCCCUAACUAAGAGAAGAGCUUUGGCUAGGGAGUACACAAGCAAACCAGUACAGUGGUCCUGUGACAUCCCACGGACAAGAGAAGGUUUCUACCACUACAAAGCAGGCAUGAAAGCUGCCGCCAAGCGAGCUACCGAAUUUGCACCCUAUGCAGACCUCUUGUGGGUCGAGACAGGCGAUCCAAACGUCGAGUUGGCAGCCAAUUUCGCCAAGGAUGUCCACGCAAAAGCGCCUGGCAAGAUGUUUGUCUACAACCUCAGUCCUUCUUUCAACUGGAUGGGCCAUGGCUUUACAGAGGAUAAGCUGAAAUCAUUCAUCUGGGAUAUUGCAGAGCAUGGGUUCAUCCUUCAGCUUAUCUCUCUCGCUGGCAUCCAUUCAACAGCUACUAUCACCACUGAGCUGUCUCAAAAGUUCAAAGACGAAGGGAUGUUAGCAUACGUCAAUCUGGUCCAGAAGCGUGAGAAAGCACUAGGAGUCGAUGUUCUUACACACCAGAAAUGGAGUGGCGCACCAUAUAUGGACGGUAUCCUAGGUGCAAUCCAGAGUGGAAGCAGUGGCAGCAAGAGUAUGGGCGAAGGCAAUACUGAGGGACAAUUCUAA